AUGAAGAAAAAUAUGGGAGUUUCUUUUAAAUUUUCGGCGCAGCCCUCGGGUCGCCAUCACUUUCGUUACAUCAGCGAAGGGCUGCGAGGACCCCUGAAAUCACAAAAAGGCAAAUGGCCGGCCGUAUCUUUGAGCUGCCCUAAGCAUUUUGGCAAAGAUAUCAUGAUUGUGUGUCAAUUGGUUAAAAAGAUGGAAGGUUCCGAAGAAUAUUUCGUAUCGGGAAACACACUGCAGUACAUUGGGCAAAAAGAAGGCUACGAAAAGCCCCGGAAAAGAAAUGAAAGGAGAGAAAUCAAUUUAAAUUUUGAGCCCGUGUCCGCUUAUAUGAAAGUCGACUCUAAUAAUGUAUACAGCACGACUUUUAAAUUUGAAUUAGAAAACUAUUGCAUUGUUAAGAGCGGAUAUAAAGAGAUACGAGAGAAUUUAGCAAGAUUAAAGGCACCAAUUACCGCUGAUUUAGUUCAGAUGCCUUCUGAUGAUGUGAUGUUGAAGAAGUCUGGCAAGGACGAAACGGUCCAUCUAGCUUUUACCACGUUUAUCAUAAAUGGCCAAAAACGUGAAAAAAUAGCCGAUACCAUUAUUUCACAAGGCAUACUUAAUGCGAGUGAUAUGGUACGUAUCGAUUAUUGCUGCAAUAGCGAGUUGUCUGUUGAUGGGAAAACUAGGAUACAUCUAUUACUUUCCGAUGUUAAAAAAAACUAUCUGAUUAGAAUCUGCGAAGCCGAAGGAGAAUGGAAAUCAGCGUUUAUUCAGCCCAGUGAAAUAAUAAAAUCACGUAGAAUGGUUAUUUAUGAAGCUCCAAAAUAUGAUGGCCCGGUCUCCUCAAAAUCCAUUAAAUGUAGACUAGGUCUCUACGAUGACAAUGAACUGUUAAAUGACACGGAUGUGGCUUAUGUCAGAUACGAAAUUGAAAAGAAACAGCCUGUUAACAUCUUUAGCAUGGUUGAAAUUUGUCAAUUGAAAAUGUUAAGUCAUUUUGGAACUACAGGUGAAUUUACCGAUACUUAUAAUAUAAAGCAGCAGUGGGCACGAAAUUUUAAAUCGAGAGCCCUACAAGAGCCUGUUAACACCUUUAGCAUUGAUAAAAUUUGUCAAUUGAAAAUGUUAAGGCAUUUUUGAACUACAGAAGAACUUAUCGAUACUAAUAUUAUAAAGAGGAAAGAGUGGACCGAUUUAAGGCACGAAAUUUUAAAUCGGGAGUCCUACAACAACAUCUACACCAAAAAAUACCGUUGGGGUGAUUAGUAAAUCCUACUGAAAAUCGAGUAGUCACACAAUCAAUCUGCUUGUGCGUCUUUCACUGUUGGGAAGCUACACUAUCCCCGGUUAACAUAGCCUACAUACAGUGAAAACUCCCUUACCGGACAUCCCUCUUAGACGGACACUUUUUCUAGAACAUCCGUUUUGGUGUCCUUUUUAGAGCAAGUUCGCCUCUCUUGGGUGGACACUCUCUUGACCGGACGCGGACAAUAUUUUUAGAGAAAUACAAACUAAAGCCUCUAUUGGCUGGACGCGAACCUCGUGUUAACGAACGCUGACAUGGAUACACACAUCAAAUUUGAAAGAAAACCUCUCUUGGCCGGACGCGCACCUGUUGGUAAUGGACGUUUCAAAUGCAUACAAAAUAGUUUCAUAUUUUUCAUAUUUCUUUUAUUUCUUUCUACGUAUACCCAUGUGACCUACUACAAGAUUUUUAUAAAAUAUCUUAACUUCCGCUAUUUGUGCACAUAUUAUUGUUAUUAUUUAAUUAUUUCACAGUUAUGGCCAACAAUUUGUUGAGCUAUUACGUGU